GAAUACCCCGCCCCCUAUAUAAUUUAUAUGGCCACUGUGACUCAUUCGCAAACAAAAAAAAAAAAACUUAGAAGUGAAUUUAGAACGAAAUCUCUGCCCAAUUCCAGGCGUUGAAAUUUCCAGGCCCACGCGGAAUUCCAAUUACUUAGCGUCCGACUGUUACUUCUGUAAUACUGUACAUUUCAGAUAUUCACAAAUUUACAGGAAAAAAAAAUGGAUGACAUGAAAGACAAAUUCAAGGGUUUCAUGAAAAAGGUCAACAAUCAAAUGUCAUCAUCAUCUUCUUCCUCUGGCAAAUUCAAAGGUCAAGGCAGAGUUCUUGGUUCUUCUUCAUCUUCUUCAGGGCCCACUAAUCCGAACCCUAUUCGCCCCUCUUCAGCCGCACAAACUGUUCAUCCAAAGCCUUUAAUCACACCACCAAGAUUUGAUCAAAGACCCACCUCAUUUGAAGGUCAAAAGGGUUCAAUUCCAAAUCCAAAAUCAAACCCAGAUUCGAACCCCAAUCACCCUUCCUCUAUAGAUGGGUUUGAUCCAUUUGAUUCAUUGAUUACAACUGGGAAAAGAAAUAAGAAUGGGUACUCACUUAAUAACGUGUUCGAAUGCCCAGUUUGUGGUUCGGGUUUUACUUCUGAAGAGGAGGUGUCAUCGCACAUUGAAUCUUGUAUUACUGCUAAAACAAGCAAUGGAUCAAUAGAUGAUGCUGCUGAUUUGGAUUCGGCUUCAAAUCCUUCAAUGGUAAUGAAUAGUAAUGAAAAUAAGGUCGAAUCAACAAACAAAUUAGAAGGUUGUAUUGGUGUGUAUUUGUCAGGAAACCCAUCUGAUAGUUCUGUUGAUAUUGUAAUGAGGUUGUUCAGAAACACAGUGAAGGAGCCAGAAAAUCCGAAAUUUCGCAGGAUAAGGAUGAGCAAUCCCAAGAUAAGGGAAGCCAUUGGUGAAGUAACUGGAGGAAUUGAGUUACUAGAAGAAGUUGGAUUUGAACUUAAAGAAGAGGGAGGAGAGAUGUGGGCUGUGAUGGAUACACCUUCAGAAGAGCAACUUCUGAUGUUGAAAAACUCAGUAAACUUAAUUGAACAGGCAAAAAGUAGCAGCUUAUCAUCUUCAUUGAAGGUAGCCAGUGACAAGGUUGAAGUUGAAAAGAAGGUGAAAGAGAAUGAGCCUUUGAUCAUUGAUAGACAAAUUAAAGUGUUCUUUUCAGUUUCUGAGAGUGUUGCUGCAAGAAUUACAUUACCAGACUCUUUCUACAAGCUGUCAUCUGAAGAAGUGAGAAGAGAAGCAGAGUUGAGGAAGAAGAAAAUGGCAGAAUCUCAGCUUUUGAUCCCCAAAUCUUUUAAAGAAAAGCAAGCUCAAGCUGCUAGGAAGAGAUAUACAAGAACAAUCAUCAGAGUUCAGUUUCCUGAUGGGGUGGUUUUACAAGGUGUUUUCUCACCUAAAGAGUCAACUAGUGCUCUCUAUGAGUUUGUUAGUGUGGCUCUGAAACAAGAAGGGUUGGAAUUUGAGUUGAUACAUCCGGUCCCACUGAAACGGCGUUUGAUACCGUGUUUUCCUGCACCGGGGGAGAGAGCAUCGACACUCGAGCAAGAGGAUUUAGUCCCCUCAGCUCUUGUGAAAUUCAAGCCUAUUGAGACUGAUUCAAUGAUGUUUACUGGUCUUAGGAAUGAACUGCUUGAAAUAAGUGAACCUCUUUAGUUUUUUUUUUACAUGUGUACUAAUUGAUUCGAGCUAUAGAACUGGUUGGAUUGUGAUUGUGUUUUUAUAGAUUUUUGUACACAGACAUAUGUUAAAUCCGAUGCAUUGUUGGGGUUGUGUAUAUUAAAUCAAGGAACUUUGUGAAUUUAAAGUGA